ACCACACUAACAUUUUCUUAAAAUUGGGCCCCAUCAAACCCCAUCCCUAAUUAAAUCUUCAAUUUUCGUCCUCUUAAUGCAUACUCCCACUUCCAUUUCUCUUACAGUAGCGGCCAUUAAAGCCAUGUCUCCGUGCGUGACCGACGCCGCUCGAACCCUCGGCUGCCGUGACGGCGCCGCCGCGUCACACCUAAAGCUCAUCUCUCUUGUAGUAAUCUUCAUCUCCAGCAUCGUCGGCAUAUCUUCCCCUAUCUUCCUAGCUCGUUACUUCCAAGGGAAACCCGUUUACGACAAGGCGAUUUUGGUAAUCAAGUGCUUCGCCGCCGGCGUCAUCCUCUCGACCUCCUUAGUUCACGUCCUCCCCGAAGCCUUCGCUGCUCUCUCCGAUUGCCACGUCGCUUCCCGCCAUCCGUGGAAGGAUUUCCCUUUCGCUGGGCUGGUCAUGUUACUCGGAGCCCUCCUGGCUCUUUUCGUCGACUUGACGGCGAGCUCUCACGUGGAGCACGGUCAGAGUAAGCCGAGCGGAGAGUAUUUUCCGGUGGUAACACAGGAGGGGACGACCGGAAAGAAAGUGGGGAAGGAUUUGCCGAACGAGGAAUUGGUGAAGCUUAAGCAGAAGCUGGUGUCGCAGGUAUUGGAGAUUGGGAUAAUUUUUCAUUCAGUGGUCAUCGGAGCGACGAUGGGGAUGUCGCAAAAUCAGUGUACGAUUAGACCGCUGGUUGCAGCACUGGCUUUUCACCAAGUCUUUGAAGGCAUGGGUCUUGGUGGCUGUAUUGCCCAGGCGGAAUUCAAAACGGGAACAGUGGCAUACAUGUGCUUCAUGUUUUCAGCGACGACACCAAUGGGAAUAGUCUUGGGAAUGGUAGUAUUUGCAGUGACGGGGUACGGCGACAGCAGCCCUAAUGCGUUGAUAAUGGAAGGGUUGUUAGGUUCUAUGUCGUCGGGCAUACUCAUUUACAUGGCGAUGGUUGAUCUCAUUGCCCUCGAUUUCUUCCACAACAAGCUCAUGGCUUCCCAAACGUGGUUGAAGAAAGCUUCUUUCAUUGCGCUAGCUCUUGGCUCUACCUCCAUGUCUAUCCUUGCACUCUGGGCUUAAAUAUUUAUUUGUCUACCCUUUUUUAAAAACAUAAACAAAUGGAAUUGUCACACACUAACCUUAUAUAUAUACAGACACAUGUAUGUGCAGCUUUGCUGUUGGAAACUCUUAGUAUUAGUUAUCAUCAAGCGAAAUUAGGGAUGGUAAUGUUCGAGCACGGAUGGAACCAAGAUAAAACAUCGAAAAAUCAAAUAUAAUUAGUAAUAUAAUUUAAUUUUUUUAAUUUAA